AUGGGAUUUAAGCAAGCAGUCCCUGAUAACUCCUUGUUUACCAUAGGUAAAGAUGAGUCCUUUGUGGCUCUAUUAGUCUACGUUGAUGAUAUUGUAAUUGCAAGUGCAGAUUUGAAGAUCAUACAGGAAGUCAAAACACAACUCAGCACAAAUUUUCAAAUAAAGGAUUUAGGUCCUUUGAAAUAUUUCCUUGGCCUAGAAGUGGCAAGGCAUAGUAAAGGCAUUGCAGUGUGCCAGGGAAAAUAUACUAUUGAGCUUCUUGAAGACACAGGUUUUACAAAUGCAAAGCCUGUUUAUAGUCCUACAGUCCCUUCACACAAGUUAAGCAAAGAUGAAGGUGAGCUACUAGAGGAUAAUAGUCACUACAGAAGGAUAAUUGGCAAGCUACUAUAUCUAACUGUCACCAGGCCUGACAUUAGCUUUGCAACAAAACAGCUUUCUCAAUUCCUUGACAAACCUACAAGUCUGCAUCUGCAAGCUGCAUACAGAGUGCUGAGGUACUUGAAGGCAGCUCCUGGUCAAGGCUUGUUCUUCCCAUCCUCCUCUGAUUUACUCCUAAAAGCCUUCUCUGACUCAGCCUGGGGAGCAUGUGUUGACACCAGAAAAUCUGUGACUGGCUUCUGCAUUUUCCUUGGGAAUGCCUUGAUCUCUUGGAAGUCCAAGAAACAGCCCACAGUCUCCAAGUCCUCAUCAGAAGCAGAAUAUAGGGCUCUAGCAACUACAACUUGUGAGAUUCAAUGGUUAAAAUUUCUACUGGCAGAACUUGGAAUACAGAAUUAUGAGGAGGUGGCCAUAUAUUGUGAUAGCAAGUCUGCUAUUGCAAUUGCAGAAAACCCUGUAUUUCAUGAGAGGACUAAGCACAUAGAACUUGAUUGUCAUCUUGUGAGAGAAAAGCUACACAAAGGGCUCAUAAAACUCUUUCACAUUUCCUCUGAAAAUCAGUUGGCCGAUCCGUUCACCAAGACUCAUUGUCCAGCAUCUUUCCAGAGUUACAUUUCCAAGCUUGGCUUGCUAAAUCUAUACAAUCCAGCUUGA